UUGAAAAAUACCAAAACCAAAAAAAGAGAAAAAGAAAAACGGGUUGCUAAUAAAACAAAAAACGGGCACAAUCUAAGAUCCAUUUGCGAGUUCCCGCCCAACAAAAAAAAACAAACAUCGUCACUUCACAUAGGUUUACCGCCGACAUGGCCGAUGAUGUUAAUCGCCUUUUUGAAUCUUUCAAAUGUGGAAUCUCACCACCUCAAUCAGCUGCAAUAUUAAGGAAAUGUAAAAAGCGGAAAGUACAGCAAGGCAAGUCAAAUGAAGAUCCAUCAACUUCUACUUCUAGUGAUCUGACUUCUGCAGUUUCAAGUGGGAAAAAACAGUUAUCUGCAACAAAUUUCUACACACCAACUAUUGGAAAAAAGAGGCUGAAUAACGGUAGUCAGUUCUCCCCUGUUAUUUUCUACGGUUCUCCACAAGGUGUGCCUCCAAAAAGACCAGCUCGGUUGUUGCGAUUGUUACACGAGAUACGUGUUGAACUUGCUGCUCAGAAUAAAGCAAGAGAGGAUGUCUGGAAAACAUUUCCUAGGCAGGAUGAGGCUAUGAAGUAUGCAAAAGACCAUGAAGGGUCACGUGUUUUUAGCUACCAAGAUCAUGCAAGUGGCCAAAGAAGGUUCCUUGUUUCAACAUAUAAAGAGUUUUGGCGAAGGUACAAAAACAUGAAUUCUAAAUUUCGUCACCAUUACGAAGUUAUUCAAGAGGGAUUGCCAUGCCACCUUUAUUUCGAUUUGGAGUUCAAUAUAAAAGAAAAUGCUGAAAGGAAUGGAGAUGAAAUGGUUGAUCUUCUCAUAUUAGUUAUUUUUGAAGCCUUGCUUGAAAAGUACUCUAUCGAAGGAGACACUAAUUGGAUUGUAGAACUUGACUCUUCUACGAAAGAUAAGUUUUCGCGUCACUUGAUCAUCCGCUUACCAGGGGUUGCUUUCAAGGACAACAUACACGUUGGCGCAUUUGUUGCCGAGAUAUGCUCGCGAAUCCAUAUUGCAAGAGGAAGGGAUAAAAGAUAUGAACAGUUAUUUAUUAUAAAAGAUUCUAGCUCAGCUGAUGUCCCUUGCCAUCUUUUUGUUGACACCGCUGUAUAUUCCAGAAACCGAUGUUUUCGUCUGCACCUUUCAAGUAAAGCAGGGAAAAGUUCACUGCUUGUUCCGACUGGACGGUUUAAAUGUAAGGAAAUGAACGAGGAAGAUGUGUUCAUGGCAUCCUUGAUCUGCAAUAUAGAUGCGGACUGCGAAAAGCUUCUAAUCUGUAAAAUGGAUUUAGAUUGUGUCAAGGUUUUGCAUUUUGAUAUUGAGAGGAACAUUGACUACCGUAAACCAGCCGCUCGAGAAUUUGUGCCGACUGCUUGCACAAGCAAUGGUUAUUUCAGUGGAAAAUCACCAUUUCCAGCAUUAGACGAGUUUGUGGAAUAUAUUGCUACCAUUGGAAGUAUACAAGGAAAAAUUCGAAGCUGGUAUUGGUUCUCGGAGGAUGGCUUGAUGGUGUACAGCAUGUUAAGAAAUAGAUUCUGUGAAAGAAUUGGUAGACAACACAAAAGCAAUCAUGUGAUGUAUGUGGUGGACCUACAGAUGGCUGCUUAUUAUCAAAAGUGUUAUGAUCCUGAUUGCAGAGGUUAUCGAUCUCCCAUGCGUCCAGUUCCUCCAGGAGUGCUUCCUGAUUCUUUCAAUUACUCUAAGAUAGGGGAUCAAAAUGGAACUCGGGAGUUCAUACCUCCCUGUGGCGAGGAAAGCCCCAUGGACAGCUGCCAGAAAGAUGAGUGGUGGCGUGAAGCAAUGGUAGUUGCAGACAAGGUUGAAAAUAUGCCAAGAAAGCUAGACCUUUGCAAGGAGGAUGAUGUGUGGGAUGAGGAUGAUGAGUGGUGGAUGGCCGCUGCAAACACUGCAUCGCAGAUUGAGCUCACGUACUGCAGACAAGAUUGAUCUUUGAAAGUGAUAUGGCUCCCUACGUGACCCACAAAACAAGUUGAUUUAUUUUGGAAAUUUUGAUUAAUUUAUCAAGAUGGAGCUUUCGUUUUACAAUAUCUACUGCUUUCAAGAUGUUAAAUUUGUAACUUACACCUAUUGUUGUAGUUUUAGAGAUACAUUAAAUUGUAGAUAGGCUUUAGCUAUUGGAUUAUGGUAUAAUGGUAA